GUCAACACGCCGUGUCAAUACGCAUGCGCAGAGUAACCAGGAAGUGUUUGUUGUUGACAAAUGAUCCUCCGGUCACGUUUUGUGAAAGAGGAGAAUAACAGCCCAGCGGGUUUGUCUGCAUCCUGUUCCAGUCGCAGCCAUGGCGUGCUGCCACUCCUGCCCCAGACUCUGCUCCCGCUCCAUGGCCUACACCCUGGCCCUCGGCCUGGGCUCUGUAACCCUGGGGACCAGUCGCACCCUGCUGCUCAAGUUUUCUGAAAAUGCUGAAAACAAGUAUGACUUUCUCCCAGCGUCUGUCAAUCUGCUCGCUGAGGCCCUCAAACUGCUCUUCUGUCUGGUUAUGUCAGUUAGAGUCAUAGUCAGAGAGGGCCGAUCAUGCAGAGAGCUGGGUUUCGCCUCCAGCUCGCCCUUCCUCUCCUCCUUAAAGUGGGCCGUCCCUGCUUUCCUCUACUUCCUCGACAACCUCAUCGCGUUCUACGUGAUGGCCUACCUGCAGCCGGUCAUGACAGUGCUGUCCUCCAACCUCGUCAUCCUGACCACAGCUGUGCUCUUCAGAAUUGUCCUCAAGAGGCGCCUGUCAUGGGUCCAGUGGGCGGCCUUGGUUAUCCUCUUCCUGUCCAUCGUUUCCUUGACGACGGGAUCAGCAAGCAGCCAAAACUCCAACGCUGUGCCGGGUCACCACGCAAACCUGUCCGCCCCGUCCAACUCCUGCCUGCUGUACACUCAGCUUCUGGAGCAGUCGAAGAACAGCAGUGCUGGUGAGUCCUGGGCGUCGUCACUGGCUGGUCAGGCCUGGAGGAGUCGGGUGAUGGAGAGGCUCCUGUGUCUGGGCGCCGGUCACAUCCUGCUCCUCCUGCAGUGUUUCAUCGCAGCCAUGGCCAACAUCUACAACGAGAAGAUCCUCAAAGACGGAGACCAGCUCACCGAGAGCAUCUUCAUCCAGAACAGUAAACUAUAUGCCUUCGGUGUGGUGUUUAAUGGUCUGACUGUCUGGGCUCAAGGUCUGCACCACGGCCUCCUGCAUGGACACAACGUCUACUCCCUUGGUCUGGUGCCGGUCACUGCUGCUCUGGGUUUAUCUGUGGCCUUCAUCUUAAAGUUCAGAGACAACAUGUUCCACGUGCUGACGGGUCAGAUCACCACCGUCCUGGUCACCGGCCUCUCCUUCUUCCUCUUCGACUUCCACCCCACGCGGCACUUCUUCCUCCAGGCUCCCAUGGUCCUGCUGGCCAUCUUUAUCUACAACGCCAGCCGGCUCAAAGACCCCGAGUACAGCCUGCAGCAGGAAAAGCUGCGGGUCAUCAACGGAGAGGUGUUCGAGCGAUCCCGAGGGGACGGCGAGGAGCUGGAGCUCUUAACGAAGCCCAACACAGACAGCGAAUCCGAGGAGGAUUCUCCGCAGUUCUGAUUUUCCAGCUCGACUACGAGGUUAGAGGAGAUUCCUCUGUUGCUCAUAUGGAGCUGCACAGUAGACGCAGCGAGGUCACAAACUCUGCAUCAAAGCAUUACUUUGAACUGCGGUCUGCAGAUAAACAGUGUUGAUGAUGGACUCUGUACAUUAUGAAACGUGCCUGUCUGUCGUUCAUGCAGUGAUGGAAGCACCAGCAGGGAUGUGUGCGCUGGAAAAUAUCAAAUAUUUUCCAUUUGGGAUAAUUAAGAGUUUUCUGUUUACUUCUUCUGAUGAUUCCUGUUGUAUAUGCUGCUAUCAGACAGUUUUCUGAUUGUAUCAGGGUGUUUUUUAAACUGCGUUGAAGCUAAAGUGUUUAAACUCAGACUAAAUAUUGUGGAAAUUCUAAGUAGCAGAGCUGAGUACAGAUAUUUUAAGUGUAAAUGACACAUUAGCAGGACUGUUGUUUCCACUGCAGUGAUUGUAAAGGGAAAUGUGUAUUUUCAGAACUAGAAGUGUUGAUAAAUUAUGGUGCCCAACAAAGGUCAAAGUGAGAAUUUUUUGAUUGGCGUCCCCUCAUAGUGGGUUUUAUAUUCCUUCUGAUCAGUUUUGGGAAGCACUACAGUAAGGAGAGAUGAUUUGACGUUUGUAUUUAUUGCUCAAUUGGACUUCGGCGGUUCAGUCUGUGGUUUUGUGGAUGUCCAGAUGUUGGUAUUUGAGCCUGCAGUGCUUCUAGAACAGAUGUGCUUUUAUUUAGGAGUUCAGGAACACUACAGCUUCAACACAAUCAAACCUACUGCACAUAAACUACCACUGCUACAACAAAGAACAACGAAUAUGUCAUGGCCUUUAUUUGGAAACCAACUAAAUUCUGUAAAAUAUUUUGGCUGAAAUUUUGAGAAUUUUUCUACUUUUAAGGCUCAAAAGACAUCUUAAAUGGUAGGCCGUUUUAAGAGUUCAGUAUUACCUCAAAUAAACCUGCCACAGCCAUGAAAUUUGGUGAGAAAAUAGACAAAAAUUGCUUCCAGCAGAUCCACAUGAUUGAAUGAAUCCAGCAGGACAAUUUUUUAAUCAUUCCCUCUUGAAAAUGGAAAAAAGUUAUGAGCGUUCAGGGUUAAAAGUUCUUGAAAGUGUAUAUAUAUAUAUAUAUAUAUAUAUAUAUAUAUAUAUAUAUAUAUAUGUAGAACACUGAACACAGAAAAUAGUGUAAACUUUGUAAUCCCACUCACUCUGUAGACAGAGCCAGCAGCAGUCUAUAGGCUGAAACUCAUUAUAGCGAAGCUCAUACAGCCAGUGAAACCUUGUUUUUAAUGUGUGCAGCAUUGACCACAUGCAGCUACAUGCAACUAAACAAACAUCUGUCAUAGAAGCACCGCAGGUUCAAAUUCUAACAGCUGGACGUCCAAACGAAAGCAGCAACCAGAGCUUCAGCAUCACAACAAGCAACUGGAAACUGUCGGAGAUCAGCUUUUUAAGAUGAGUAAUGAGCAAUAAAUGCAUCAUGUGUAGUAUGUGAAGAAAUGCAGUGGACUCUAACUAAAAUGUGGAUCAGAAGGAAUUAAAAACAAACUGUGAGGCAACUCAAAGUCAAAAAAAUUCAGACCUUUAGGGCUCUCUGUGCAAAAUGGACCACUAAUCCCUGAAAGCACAACAGAAUGGUUUCUGCUUUGGCCUUUUUUUUUGCUGAACUGUGAAACAUCUCUGAAGAUUGAUGUUGGUGCCAUAAAACCUUAACAUGUACGAAUGCCGUUUGUUGUGAAAUAAAUUGCCAGUAAGCAGUUUUAA